AUGAACCAUGACCUGUGGGGCCAAGUGCCAGAAGUGUACAACCGUGAGGCUUACACUUCGCUCCUACGGGAGUGCAUCAGUGGAAGGGCGCUAGAAAGAGGUGCACGCAUCCAUGCCCGGUUGAUAGCAAUAGAGAAAGACAAAGACACCGCUAUUGGGAACUUGCUGGUGCAAAUGUAUGCCAAGUGCGGAGAUUUGCACCGAGCAAGAAAGGCUUUCUACAGCAUAGAGCGAAGGAACAGUGUGUCGUGGACGGUGAUGCUGGCUGCCUAUAUCGACCACGGCAAACAAGAGCAAGCACUCUGCUUGUUCCACACUAUGGACCUGGAGGGAGCCCAGGCAGACAUGGAUGCGUUCACCUUGUCAUGCGUGCUCAGCGCGUGCUCCAGCCUAGGGGCAGGCGCAGAGGGCCAGGCCAUCCAUGCUCGUCUCGUUGCGUGUGGAUAUGAGCUCGACAUUCCGCUACAAAACGCCCUCGUCACCAUGUAUGCCAAGUCGGGCAAUACUCAGGUGGCAAGGCAGGUGUUUGAGAACAUGGCCGCGAGAAACCUCAUCUCGUGGAAUGCCAUCCUUCUCGCUAACCACCACAACCGCUUCAACGUUGAGGCAUGCCUCAUCUACCUCCGCAUGAACUUGGAAGGCGUGCAGCCAAACGCAGUGACCUUUGUAGCGGUCGUCGGUGCCUUGUCCGAGCUGGGACCGGGACUUCAAACCGUCUUAAGAGGCCGGGCGGUCCACGCGCGAGCGGCUGCGUCCGGCUUUGCCUCCCAAACCGUGCUCCAGAACGCUCUCAUCAGCAUGUACUCAAGGUGCCACUGCCUAGAAGAGGCCAGGAGAGUGUUCGACAACAUCCAAGACAGGAGCCCCGGACGAAAUGACACUGUCUGCCCUCUGUGCUGCGUGCUGCCAGCUUGA